UAGAACUACUGGUCAGGUAGUCGCGCUCAACAAGAGGAGGUGUAGCUGACGCUUCCGCUUUACUUAACAUUCACAACCAUCGUUGUGUAGCUCAUGAGUGUUCAGAAGGCGUCGGUACGAAGAUGAAGGCUGUCUUUAACAUCAUUAUUCAGACAAUAAGGUAGUCUACCUCGGUGAACGUGACCACUCAGAGGGCACCUCGGUCAAUUUGCCUAGAGCAGAUUAGUAAGAUACCGUGUGCGCGCGACUGGGCGAACCCCUUUAGCUGAGCAAGGUGAAAGGCACUUCUUCAGGCAUCACACAAGCACAGUUGAAACAGACUGGGAAAACACCGAAGAGAAGGAAAGAAUUACAUUCAGUCAUUGUAACUGUCAGUGAAGCGCUAGGAGUGCCAAAAUUUGAUCGUGCUCUAGCAGAUUGGAUUCCCUGGUUCAAUGAUGGCCAGGGUGGACCAAGAACCUGUGAAUGGAUCUUGGAAAAAGCGGGUCAAUGACAUCCACGAUACAUUCGAGUUCAAGGAGACCCUUGGCACCGGGGCGUUCUCUGAAGUAGUCCUUGCCAAGGAGAAGGCUACAGGGAAGAGGUUUGCGGUGAAGUGUAUCCCCAAGAAGGCGUUGAGGGGGAAGGAGAGCAGCAUUGAAAAUGAAAUAGCCGUGCUCAGGAAGAUAAAGCAUGAGAACAUUGUUGCCUUGGAAGAUAUCUAUGAAAGUUCACAUCAUUUGUACCUCAUCAUGCAGCUAGUGUCUGGGGGGGAGCUCUUUGAUCGUAUUGUUGAGAGGGGAUUCUACACAGAGCAGGAUGCCAGCAUAUUAAUCAAGCAGGUCUUGAAUGCCGUUAACUACCUCCAUGAAAUGGGCAUAGUCCACCGAGAUCUCAAGCCAGAGAACCUGUUAUACUUCAGUGAUGAAGAUGAGUCCAAGAUCAUGAUCAGUGAUUUUGGCCUGUCUAAGAUUGAGAGCGCAGAUGUCAUGUCAACUGCGUGUGGGACUCCAGGAUAUGUUGCACCUGAGGUUCUGGCCCAGAAACCCUAUGGGAAAGCAGUGGACUGCUGGUCUAUUGGAGUCAUCGCAUAUAUUUUAUUGUGUGGAUAUCCUCCAUUUUAUGAUGAGAAUGACUCUAAGCUCUUUGAGCAGAUUUUAAAGGCAGAAUAUGAGUUUGAUGCACCAUACUGGGAUGAUAUAUCAGAUUCAGCUAAAGAUUUUAUCAGCAAUCUGAUGCAGAAAGAUCCAGAGAAGCGAUUAACAUGUGAAGAGGCUCUGCAGCAUCCAUGGAUAGCUGGAGACACUGCACUUUCCAAGAACAUCCAUGAAUCUGUCAGUCGACAGAUUAAGAAAAAUUUUGCAAAAAGCAAAUGGAGGCAAGCCUUCAACGCCACAGCGGUGAUCCGCCACAUGCGCCGCUUGCAACUGAGCAGUAGUCUGAAUAGCAGCGUGGACGCCACCUCACCCCGGCUGGACAGUCACCCCUCCAUGCCGCUUAAGAGCCAAUCUGUGGACUGCGCGCCAGUGAUCCACAAUGAAUUCUUGGUAAAUGUGGUUUCAGCUGCGCCAGCCACACCAGCAGCCUGCAGCAUUGAGUCGACCAGCUCCACAAGCUCAGCCGAACCCCGCCGGACAAGACCCUCAACCGUCACCACCAUUCACACCGGCAGCAAAUGACAGCAGACCCCCGGGGAGAGUAGGGGGGAGGCCUUGACCGUGUAAACAAUGUCAGGCUCAGCCCUCUAUCUCCCCAGUUCCCUCUCUUUCUGCUGAGGCUCCAGGUUUGUGGAGGAAGGGGGAUGUUGUUUGUCUGCGGGGCCCAGAUUUGGAACGUCCUGCAGCGUGGAGGUGAGUGGUGUAGCAGUUGACCCCUUACAGAGUUGGCCUUAACUCCAGUCUGUCUGAUGGGCCCAUGGAGGGUGUAUCAGAGGUGGCUGGUCUUGCACAUUUCAGAGGCUAACCAUACAGUGGGAUAUCCAUUUGAGUGUAACUAAAGCUGCUGUGAGACUCAUCGUCCUUGUUACAACAGGAAACUGGACAGUUCAAUAAGCAUUCUACAGUUUAGACUUCAGACAUACAUCUGUAGCAGUCAUUGCAUUCACUGGUAUCUACAGGAUGUGCAUUUACAUCAUGCAUUUGCUGGGUCCAGUUAAUUGUGAACAAAAACAUAAAAUAUUUGAGGAAAUGUACAUUUUCAGCAUUUAAAUAAUGUGUUGUUGUUCAACAUAUGACAUUCAAUAUACCUGGUGUGAAGCUACUAUGCUUUACUUGGUUUGGAUAAUGCUUUUGUUUGAAACUGAGGGUGAAGUUUCACUGUUGACGGUUUUCUGUUAGAUGUUUUGUAAAUCUGUAGUAUUUUCUGUUGCUUUGUGAGGGUGAGGAUAUUAUUGUGCUUUAUAUAACACAUCAUAUAUUAUUUGUUCUUUGGUCUUAAAUAACUUGGCAUUAUUAUAUUUUAAUCCCAUAUACGCACUCAGGAAUUUGAUUAGUUCACAUCCACUAAAUUUGAUUGAGGUUUUUUUUUAUUUGUCAGCCAAGUAAAAGGCAAGGCAAAACUUUUAAUGAUAGAGUAACUUUUCAAUAGACAUUCGUUUACAUAAUGACUAAGGUACAGUAUGUCACGUAGUACUGUGGACUUAUAUUCAACACCUACUAUUAGACAUUCAUUUGAUUUUAACAAAACGUUAGAUUACAGUACAGGACAUCAACUUUCUUUUAACUACAGGCGUCAUAGGACUUAAAGCUGCAGUUGGCAAGUCUGACAGAUUUAGGGGACUUAGCCAAAAUGUUAAAUGUUUACAAAUCUCAUGCCCCUCCCCCACUACCACGAGCACCCUCUCAUCGAGUUUGUGCUCGUCA